CUUUAUGUACAGUGGAGCAGAGGAACGUAAGCUCAGUCUUUAUCCACACUAUUCCCUAGGAUUAACUGACCGCAUUCUCUGAGCUUUGGUACCAUGUCAGAAAAGAGCGAGUGGAAAGCAGAGUUGGAGAGGAAGAAGCAACGCUUGGCCCAGAUUCGGGAAGAGAAGAGGAGGAAGGAGGAGGAGAGGAAGAAGGAGGCUGACCAGAAGAAGGAUGCCAUCCUACUGCAGGACGAAUCAGAUCUGGAGAAGAAGUGGCGUGAAGCGGAGGCGAUGUUGCAGAGCAUGGGCAUGACGGCAGAUGCCCCUGUCGUCCCUCCGCCCAUGUCCCCAACCUCCAAGUCCGUGGACACGCCAAGCGAGGCAGGGAGCCAGGACUCUGGGGACGGCGCCGUGGGUCCCAGGACUCUGCACUGGGACUCUGACCCGUCAACUUUCCUGCUGCACUCUGACUCUGAUCUGGGGCGGGGACCCCUAAAGCUGGGCCUGUCCAAGAUUACCCAUGUGGACUUCCCUCCACGAGAGAUAGUAUCCUAUACCAAGGAGACCCAGACCCCUGUAAUGACCCAAGAGAAAGAGGAGGAGGAGGAAGAAGAGGAGAUUGCUCCCCCCAUGACAGUUCCGGAGACCAAGGAGGAGAAAAUGGCCCAGAAGGAAGAGGUAGAAGUAGCCCCCCAUGAGCUCACAGAAGAGGAGAAGCUGCAGAUCCUGCACUCAGAGGAGUUUCUGACGUUCUUUGACAAUAGCACCCGCAUCAUGGAGCGCACCCUGUCUGAGCACGUGGACAUCUUCUUUGACUACAGUGGGCGGGACCUAGAGGAAAAGGAAGGAGAGAUCCAGGCGGGGGCCAAGCUGUGUCUAAACAGGCAGUUUACAGAUGAGCGCUGGUCCAAACAUCGUGUGGUCACCUGCCUGGACUGGUCUCCCCAGUACCCAGAGCUGCUGGUUGCGUCCUAUAAUAACAAUGAGGAGGCCCCUCACGAGCCAGACGGCGUGGCAUUGGUGUGGAACAUGAAGUACAAGAAGACCACGCCGGAGUACGUCUUCCACUGCCAGUCUGCUGUGAUGUCAGCCACCUUUGCCAAGUUCCACCCCAACCUGGUUGUGGGGGGCACCUAUUCAGGACAAAUAGUGCUGUGGGACAAUCGCAGCAACAAGAGGACCCCAGUGCAGAGGACCCCUCUAUCUGCCGCGGCACACACGCACCCAGUGUACUGCGUGAAUGUGGUCGGCACCCAGAAUGCCCACAACUUAAUCAGCAUCUCCACCGACGGCAAGAUGUGCUCCUGGAGCCUGGACAUGCUUUCUCAGCCACAGGACAGUCUGGAGCUGGUGUUCAAGCAAUCCAAAGCAGUGGCUGUCACCUGCAUGUCCUUCCCACUCGGAGACGUCAACAAUUUUGUGGUGGGCAGCGAGGACGGCUCCGUCUACGCAGCAUGCCGUCACGGAAGCAAAGCAGGGAUCAGCGAGAUGUUUGAGGGUCACCAUGGGCCCAUCACGGGCAUUCACUGCCACACCACCACAGGACCUCUCGACUUCUCCCACCUCUUUGUCACCUCCUCUUUUGACUGGACUGUCAAGCUGUGGAGUACCAAGAAUAACAGGCCACUGUACUCCUUCGAAGACAACUCUGACUACGUGUACGAUGUCAUGUGGUCACCCACACACCCAGCCCUUUUUGCUUGUGUGGAUGGAGUGGGUCACCUUGACUUGUGGAAUCUCAACAAUGACACGGAGGUCCCCACUGCGAGCAUAACAGUGGGGGGGAAUCCUGCCCUGAACCGCGUCCGAUGGGCUCAGUCUGGCAAAGAGGUGGCCGUAGGGGACUCUGAGGGGCAGGUCCUCGUCUAUGAUGUAGGAGAGCAAAUCGCCAUUCCUCGUAAUGAUGAGUGGAGUCGCUUUGCCCGCACGCUGGCUGAGAUCAGUGACAACUGCGAUGAUGCUGAGGAGCUGGCAGCCCAGCGCUUGCCAGCCUAACUGGCAUGGAGAUGGUACCAGCAGGGACCAACUGAGAAAGUAAAGGUGUGGUGUUGCGCUGGAGUCUGAGAUAGAUGUCUUUUAGGAAUCGGCAAAAAAUAUGCAAAUCACAUUUCUAAGCCAUUUUUUGUUAAAGUUGACAAUGUUACUUAUUGGACAGCUAUUUACCUCAAAUCUCCUGCACAUCAAGCACUGUAAAGUACCCUGUGCCUUACAUCAACACAUUCUCAAUGUGAUGAAAUGUCAAAAUCCAUGGCAUUAGAUAACACAGUGCAUUUGCUCUUACAGAUAUCCUAGACUUACAAUGGUUCCAUCCCUGACAUUUUUUUGUUCAAUAAGGGAGUCCAUGGACUCUAUUUCAGAGUAGUUUUCUUCAUUGUAGUGUUGCUGUUAAAGUCCUCAUUUGGGCAGAGGGCUCCAACUAUUGUACUGUAUUCCUAGUGCUAGCUGCUACAACUAUAUGGUAGAAGUGCUUUUGUGUACCCUGCUGCAAAAGGCACACAGUGCAGUGUAAGUUUGUUCAGAACCAAAGCACUUGACCCUUGAAUGUAUGAAGACAAUCACACUUAACUGGAAACAUUUGAAAAUGCAUGAUACUUGCACUGGUAAGUCAAUAACAUCCACCCUGUGAACAGUAGACCAGUGUUUUUUUUGAGCUGUGAAAUUUAACUUUCCACCCUAAUAUGUAAACGAAUAUCAA